AUGGCGCGCCACAAAAUUGUGAGACCUCUUUGGGUGCGACUUCUUGGCGACAAUAAGCCCCUUUCUGCCGAACACACAUACGAAUUAAGCUGCGAAGUCGUAGGAUCUCGACCCGAACCAACAAUUACUUGGUGGAAAGGAAGUACUCAAAUGAAGGAAACUAGGGAAACGACAAGUCCCGACCGCAAUACAACCACAAGUGUUCUAACAUUCGUACCGACAGUUGAAGAUGGUGGAAAAUACUUGUCGUGCCGAGGACAACAGCCUCAUAUCCAUGAUAGUGGAAGAGAAGACGGUUGGAAACUCGAUAUUCAUCAUGUUCCACUUGUAUCUCUAGAACUUGGCAGUACGUUAAAUGGAAGUACAAUUAAAGAAGGUGUUGAUGUAUACUUCGAAUGUAAUAUAAAAUCGAAUCCCUGGGUGUACAAAGUUAGCUGGAGACAUAAUGGCAAACAGCUUUAUAACAAUAUCCAAAGCAACACGAUAGUAAGUAACCAAAGUUUGGUAUUGCAAUCUAUUACGAGGGCCCGAACAGGGCUUUACACUUGUGUCGGCCACAAUCAAGAAGGCGAUGGGGAAAGCAAUCCAGUACAACUUGACGUUAAAUUUAUUCCUGUCUGUCGCCCUGGACAGCCGAAGGUAUUCGGAGUGGCUAGACACGAAAUAGCUCGAAUCGUCUGCGAAUUAGAAGGUAAUCCGAACGAUAUUCAAUUUGUGUGGAAAUUUAACAAUUCUGCCGAUAUGAUCGACAUUCCUUAUAGCCAAAUCCAGACGGAAAAGGGGCGCAGCAUAGCAUCUUAUAAACCAGUGAGUGAAUUAGAUUACGGCACUCUGUUGUGUUGGGGUAAGAACGAGAUCGGAAUGCAAAAGGAGCCCUGUGUAUUUUAUAUUAACCCGGCUGGUAAACCAGAUGCACUUUCCAAUUGUAGUAUAGUGAACCAAACGUCAGAUUCUUUAAAUGUAGAAUGUAUUAAGGGUUUUGAUGGCGGCCUUGAACAAGAAUUUAUUAUGGAAGUAUUUGACACAACAACAAGAAAAUUGGUGAGCAACGUUUCGUCCAAAACUCCACUGUUUAUUGUUGGUGGUUUGGAGUCGGGAGCUGGAUUUGACAUUGGAUUGUAUGCUUCCAAUAAGAAAGGAAGAAGUUCUGUAAGUCGCCUGCAAGCCUUUACUUUGAAGUCUGCCGAAAAACAUACAGCACCCCGAAUUAUAAAACCCACCCCACCGGAAAACUGCACAAUCCUACACCAAACACGCUUUUACCUCCAAAUAGCGUGUCAAGUAGCAGAUCCCUCAGAAAAUCCUUUCGAUACCUACAUAAUGCAGGUCUACGAUGCCAAUACUCGUUUUCUGAUUGAUACGACGACUUCAAAAAAUCCUAGAGACAUAACUGUUCGGAAUUUAUCCGAAGUCCGUGAGGAUUUGCUGCUGUUUAUUAGGACCAUGGACUCAAGAUCAGUUACCAGUGAACCUAAUAUUAUUUAUGUUCCGGCUGUAAACAGAUUUAGUGCAGCGUCAACUCCGGUGAUCCUGCAAAUAACGCCCUUGCUCGGUGCUCUAAUAGGUGUUGUCGCGGCACUAAUUUUAAUUGCCAUUAUUAUAGUCGUAGUUAUUCGACUACGAGGUGGAGGUGAACGUGACGAUAAGGAAUAUGACGACGGUGGUCUGGCUUCCACGGGUCGACGCUGUGUAGCUGGGAAUAGUGAUAAAGCCAGUACGGAACCACUAAACAAGGAUCUCAACGAUAGCGUGGAUAGUUUAGAGGAAAAAAAUCCGGAUAUUAUCCCCCAAAAUAACGCUGACGACGAAUAUCAAGACGAAGAGCGAGCUUUCGAGAGGCUAAAUAAUACCACAAUGAGAGUUUACAAUAGGAUGCAGAGUCCGAGCAGUCAAUUGAAAAACAAUGGCUCUUACGAAGGAUACGGCGCCAAAAUGAUGCAACAAAUGCCGCAAGUGAUCUACAAUCAACAGUGCAUCCCCAUGUCGGUUAUAAGACGACAGGAGCCCACCGUCUACGCCCAAAUUGACGUCAAGAGAAUGGCGCCGCAGAACAUGCACACUAUGACCACCCCCAGGCCUUCAACAUUCCAGACGCUGCAUCAUCCACACUUACCGCCUUACAUGCCCAGAUCAGUUAGGGACGAUGGGUCAGUCAGUUCUGAAACUCCAUUAUUAAAUACAAGGGAUUCUGGAGCCCUUCAAUCACUAAUGGACAUUAACAGCUCUAGGACGCCUACCAUAACUUCAACUCUGCCUAGAACAGUGACAGCGACUCGUUUUUGACCUAGUUAAAUUUAGUAAUUCUGAAGAACUGGUAUAUUUAUAAAAUUUGUAAUUGUUAUGAUGACUUAAUAGGUGUUACCGUCUCAUUAGUAAGUGUUUCUUAUCUACUGUUUUUUGAAGAAUAUUUUUAUUGUACAAAGAUUAAUUUUAACUUUUGCAAACAGGGUGUUUUAUAAUAAA